AUGAGCACCAACAGCAGCAGCACCGUUUUGCCGCACCUCUGGCAGGGGCCAGUGUGCAUUGGCUGGAAACAAGAUAUAGAAGGAGCUGUCUACCACCUGGCCAACUGCUUCUUGCUCCUGGGCUUCAUGGGGGGCAGUGGGGUGUAUGGAUGCUUCUACCUCUUUGGCUUUCUGGGCACAGGCUACCUGUGCUGUGUGCUGUGGGGCUGGUUAGAUGCCUGUGGCCUGGACAUCGUCCUCUGGAGUUUCCUGCUGGCAACAGCCUGCCUGCUCCAGUUAGCAUACCUGGUAUACCGCCUGCGGGAGGACACCCUCCCUGAGGAGUUCGAGCUCCUCUACAAGACAUUGUGCCUACCCCUGGAGGUGCCCCUGCAGGUGUACAAGGAGAUUAUUCACUGUUGCAAGGAGCAGGUAUUGACUCUGGCCACCGAACAGACCUAUGCUGUGGAGGGCGAGACGCCCAUCAAUCGCCUGUCCCUGCUGCUCUCUGGCCGGGUUCGUGUGAGCCAGGAUGGGCAGUUUCUACACUACAUCUUUCCUUACCAGUUCAUGGACUCUCCUGAGUGGGAAUCACUGCAGCCCUCAGAGGAAGGGGUGUUCCAGGUCACCCUGACUGCAGAGACUGAAUGUAGCUACAUUUCCUGGCCCCGGAAAAGUCUCCACCUUCUUCUGACCAAAGAGCAAUACAUCUCCCGCCUUUUCUCUGCCCUCCUUGGCUAUGACAUCUCCGAGAAACUCUAUGCACUCAACGAGAAGCUCUUCUCUAAGUUUGGACUGUGCUUUGACAUCCGUCUUCCCAGCCUCUAUCAUGUCCUGGGUCCUGCUGCCCCAGAUGAGGAGCCAGAGUAUGAGAAGGAAGAUGAGGAAGUCUUUGAGCCAGCAAAGCCCCCUCCUCAGGCCACACCCACAUUUAUCCAGCCAGAAACCCCUUACUCUCCUCCCCCAGGGGCCACUGACCCUCCUCUGCCUCCCUCCAGGCCCCGGAUCCCCAGGCCUGACAGCAUCCUGGGUGAGGACUGCACCAGUCUGGUGCUGGAGGACUUUGAGGAGGUGUCAGGUUCAGAAUCAUUCAUGGACUAUAGAAGUGAUGGGGAAUACAUGAGGUGAGGCGAGAACUGAUGGGGGGGCACAGCCACCGGCCUUAGGAUCCUGUGUAAGUAU